CGAGGUGUCGAAGGCGGCCGCACCGCCGAGGCGCCAGCGGACAGCGCUCACAUUGACGCAGCCAGCCACCAUGGCGAGCACGAGCCAGCGGGUGCUGCUGCUGGCGGCUCUGUUCGUGCUGGGCUCUCACGGCUCACCCGGCAGUCGGGACCGCGCCCAGCCCCAGCCGGCCAGCCCCAACGACACGCGGCUGGCGCGGGCGGCGCUCGGCGAUGGUAGCGCCACCUUUAUGACGGCGGACGGUGCGGCACGCCAUCUGACGCCCGCGGUUGCUGCUAGGUCUGAGGGCCGGACUUUCGAUCUGGUGCCGGCAGCCACAGGCUAUGGACACGACAAGAAGUACCACCAUGACAAGAAGUAUGGCAAAAAAUACUACAGCGACAAGGGGUACGGCGGCUCCAAAUAUGGCAAUGACGGCUACAAAGGAGGGAAAUACUACAAGAAAGGGUCUGGCCACCACGGGAAGAAGUACGGUGCCCACGGCAAGGGCAAUAAAAAGGGUUACUAUGGCGACCAUGGUAACAGUCACCAUGGCUACAAGGGAGGCAGCAAGUACAAGGGAGACAAGCACGACAAGUACCACGGCAACAAGGGUCAUAAGUACGGCAACAAGGGCUACUACGACAAGGGACACAAGAACAAGGGCUACAAGAACAUCCACCACAAGGAGGAGUACCACGCCAAGAAGAAGUUCUACGACAACUACCACGACGACGGCUACCACAACAAGUACAAUGACCACCACGGCUACUACGGCGGCUCCGACGGCAAGAAGUACCACGGCGGACACUACAAGAAGGGACACUACGACCAGAAGAAGGGCCACGACGGGUACUACAAGAACGGUCACGAUUAUGACAAGUACGGCGGCAACAAGGGCAAGUACGGCCAUGACAGCCAUGACAGCUACAAGGGCAACCACGGCAAGUACCAUCACGACAAGUACAAGAAGGGCGACCACCACAACAGCAAGUACGGCGGCGGAUACGGCGGCGGCUACCACUAGAUGAGGCGGCGGCGGCAGCCCGGCGCAAAGGCUGCCACCGACGCUGGCGAAUGCCAGAGAACUGCGCAGAGGCUACUGCUUCACCGCGAGGCGGCGGGAACACCGCAUGGAGGCUCUCAGAGAAGGCGGCGGCUGGCAGUGAACAUGACGCCUUGGAAGCCGGCGCCGCGGGGUGACGUCACGGCGGCCCUCGGUGCGUCACUGAGGUGACGCUGGGGCCCGCCGUGACGGGCCCCAGCGUCACCCCCGCCGUACGCUGGCGCUCCUGCGGUCCUCUCAAGCAGGACGCUGUCGUGGUCUUUCAGCGCGAGUGAUGGUGUGGCUCCGGAGAGGGCGCACGCGGUGCAGCCAUCGCCGAGGGGUUUACUGGUGACGCGGUGCGCAGUCCCCAGAUCAGUGUCGGAUGCUGCCGAGUCGCCGUGCUCUGGUUCGUCCGCACCCUGGUUUGACCCUCUCCGGGGGGGGGGGGGG